GUACUAGACACUAGCAAUAGUACAUGCGUACUUACACAUAAGAAAAAUGGAUUCAAAAAGAUAGUUUAACCAUAAUACAGUUUAUUAACAAUCGUUUCUAUUUUGUACAUCAUGGAUCGAUUCUUAAAUAUCAAUUGGAAUCCCCCAUUGGAAGAUAUGAUAGAUAACACUUUUAUGAACGCAGAAAGAUUUGAGAAAGACAGCGUCAUGCAUAAAAUUAUGACCGGGAAUUACAUUGAUCCGUUUAAAAAUAUCGAAGAAGAGUAUAAAAUGAUUAAUACCGAUUUAAUGAGAGACAUUAAUAAAAAAGUAGACGGUAGUAUCGAAUCUAUUGAAAUAAAAAAAGAAAAACGAGCGGAUAAAUAUGUACCUCCUGUUAAACCAAUGUUUAAGUUUCCUAGAAGGUCUAACUUAACUAAAGAGCAACAAGCGAUGUGUCUAAGAGUCUUAUUAAGAUUUUCAGAAUCUGAUAAACCAAAAAUAACUCAAACAGAAAGAGAGGAAUUGCAGCAUUACAUGGAUUUAAAAACCCUAAUAUCUCAAGAACAAGAUGAAUUUUUAGAAUUUGCCAAAAGCAAAUGGCACGAAAGGUCACUGAGAAUCGUAUGCGAAGAUUACAUGAAACUACGUUGGAAAUCAAAGUUGCAAUAUGUUAAUAGCCUUCCUAGAUAUUACGUCGAAGUUACAAAUGUACCAUUCAUAACAGAUAAAAGCGUCGAAGUAAAAUUUAUUUCUGUCUGUUUACAAAUGGGUCAGUUGCCAAAAAUAGUACUGCCAAGUUUCACUGGACCAUACAAGCUACAUAUAAGUUCUGAACAGUUACAAAAAAGGUUUCCUCCUAAAAACUAUACUUGCAAUGAAUCGCCAGUUUGUUACAAAUCACCAGUAAGUGAAGAUCCAAAUUGUCAAAAAUUGGCUGAAAGUAAUAAUGUGGAUUUAGUAAUUUCAUCCAGUGGUCUUAAUUGUUUAGUAAAUAACAUUGGACCAAGUUACACGAAUUCCUGGAUUUUACCUUUAGUUAUAAAAAGGCACAAUGAUAAAAAUGUUAUCUACAUAGAUAAACCAGCGCCGCCGAAUGCAAGCACUGUACCGAACAAGAAUAGUUGGAUAUACAAGUACAUUCUUAAAUAUUUCCUUAUCGAGCAUCUUAUCUCGGAAAAUAUCGAAGAGUAUAUCGGUGAUAUUUAUUCUGAGGAAAUUUUACGACUGGAAGACGAAUAUGAAAAUGCUUCACCGCGUGUUCAAACUAAGCCACAUUUCAAUGUAUCGGAGAAAGCAAAGGAUAAUGAAAACAUUUUAAAAAGAGAAGAGGAUUUGAAAGUUUAUCCCCAAGUUCCGGAAGACCGAAAAUUAAAUUGCGAAGAUUCUUUGCAUGGUAUUCCAGAUACCAAUAUUUCUAAUUCAACACACACUAAAGGUGCAGAAAAUGUAAGUUCUGAAAUGAAUAUAGAAGACAAUGUGUCGUACAAACUGUUUACCAUAGGACCACAAUCUUUAGAACAAAAUGAAUUAAUGAAGAAUGUUAUUAAAGACUAUAAAAUGUUAGUGAGAACAAAAGUAGAUGGAUAUGAGACUUUACAAGAUAAUGAACAGAAAUUGUUACUAUUGGCACCAAAAUUGGAGCACCAGAUUGAUCUUGGCGCUGAAGCUGUAACGUUGGAAGAAUCGUUAAAACAAUGGGUAUCUCUCGUAUUUAGACCUUUUACAUUCCUUGCACGAGUCCGGAUAUUGGCAGAAACGUCAGAAAUAUUACAAGUGGAACACCGUACUGCGAUGUCCGUAAGCAACGAAGUCAAACGGCUUUAUAACAUAAGAGUCGAAGAUUCUUUGACAGUUUUACAUAAUGUCAUUCAGUCGCUUACGAAUCUAUCUCCAGGCCGUUAUAUAAUGAGGCACACAGUAAGAAAUGGGUCAUUUGCAACUGUUUAUAAAGAAGUAGAAGCCCCUGGAAAAAACGUUUUUGAUAUACGUACAGUAUAUGAUGAACAGUUUCAUAGUUUACACAAUCCUCCUUGGAUUCCAUUGGAUAAGAUAGUACCAACUCCAAUGAAUAAACAUCUUGAGAGAAUGCCAGUUAUGUUCUGCCCAAAAAUUGGUAAAAAGUUUUCCAAACAUGUUAAAGCAGCGGAAGUAAACAAAUCUAACACAGGAAUACGCAGAAGUUUAAGAAAUAAAAACAAGAAGUUUAAAUAAAUCCACGUGUAAAUUAAAAAAUAUUUUUUUUACAAAUCUUUGGAAGAAUUAAAUUUGUUAUAAAAAAGAACAAGUAAACUCUUUCUCUGUCAGACAGAGAAGAGAAAAUUAAACGAAAUCUUCUACAUUACAUAUCUAAUCGCAUCAAGGUCAGUUAAUAUCAGAAUAAUACUCAUCAAUUUAAUUUAUAUGCAUUAUUAUUAGCACCUCAGAUAACUAGACGAGUUUGGACCUUUGGCGUUAAUUGUGAAGCAUUUAUAAGUGAUCUAAAUUACCGAGCACUCUAUUGUUGCAUUAACAAAUAAAUUAAAAUUAAUUUUCGAUCGUAAAUAAUUGGAUCGCCAUCUAGCGUGUAAAAAGUGAAUUGUUUGUCGAAAAACUUGGGCGUUUUAUGGUAGAUGUCGUUUCGAUAUGCAGUAAAUGGAUAGAGUAGUGCACAUUUAAAUGUCCACGAUCGGGAUAACGAGUAUUGAUGGAAACACCCUUCAUUAAGGUCGAAGAAGAAACAAAUGAAAGAUGCAUAACCAACGAAGAGAGUUGAAAGAAUUUAUCUUCAAAUAAAAGUAACCUGCCUAAAACAAUGGCUAACGAAACACCUGCCUAACUAUAAAUCUAAAUUCGUUUAUUAAAUCAAGAAACAAUUCUAAAUUCGCAGCCAUUAGCUCGGUGUCAUCCACGAAGAAUAACAUUUCUAUCGUGUGUGACACCGAUUACCAGGUCUCACCACGAGGAGGUUGCUGCGAGCGGAGACCCGAAGGGAGAUAGAUGGAAUCAAAGUUCCAUCGAUCUCCCUUUUACAUUCCUACAAACUAGAUCACUAAACUAGAGAGAUAGAAGGAAGCAAUGUUCCUCCGAUCUUCUAGUUCAGUUGUACCAAGUAAUUAUUUCGUUUGAAAAGGGAUGAAGCUAUAUUAUGGGAUACGCGACGCGACGCGAUACGACGCGAUGUCGAUCAGCAGUGAUCGACGCAAGGAACGAGAUACGCGACACGCGAACCGAGUACCUGGUCAAAAGGUUCAGCUCCGUUGCCUCUUAGCAAGUCCAAACGAAGGGGAGGAGAAUCGACGCACCCGACACAGAGGUUCCCCAUUUCUCCCACGCAUCCCGUUGGGAGCCAGAUGGACCCAACUCAAGAUGUCUAACUGAGAGAGGGAGCGUGUGUUGGGGCUACCGUAGACAGGAACAGUCCCUGAUCCCCUCUACGGCCGAAAUACUCUUUCCCUUGGCUCGUCUCGCCAGAAGACGACAACUGACCCUUCGGAUCAGCUAAACGGCCGAUCACUUGCUUUCUACAUCAAAGCAGUGGUGACCGGAACGGAGGAACGGGAGAACGGGUGAACAAGAAGCUAGUUGGUAAAAGAAUUACUUGGCACAUACGCAGACGCAUACAAAGGAGUCGUCGAUGCUUAUAUCUAAUUUUACCAAGCAAUUAUUUUGUUUGAAAAGGAGUGAAGCUAAAUUGUGAGACGCGACGCGAUGCUGUCACAUGUUUCGAAGCAAGAGAGAACGAGUGAACGGGAAGCUAAGUUAAUAAUUGCUUGGUAUCGCAGCCUUAAAAAUAAAUUUAUCCUAAGGGCCCUGGAGAUAAAAGUCCCUCGAUGUUCUUGCGUUGUCCCACGAUGAUGGAGACCUGUAAGUAAGCUGAAACUAAAAAGCAUUUAGUUAAACAGUUAAAUAUAAUAAAUUGGGAAACACGAAGAAAUAAAAUAAAUGGGCUCAGAGAAACCGUAAGAAGUGACGUAAAAUAGACAUGGACAAGAGCACAACAUAUACAACAAGCAACAUUUAAGACAGGAAUAAAAUAUGGGAACAAAUAAGAAGCCAGAAGUAAAAUAUGUAAGAAAUCCAGAGAAAUGAAAAGAAGGUGAAACGACAGAUUCAAGCUUAGCAGACAUUUGAACAAGAAGUGAGAAAUUGGAGAUUUAGAUAUCACUCACCACUGUGUCAAUGAAACAGAUUUGUACAUGCAAUGUAGAAUGUGCAUCGAACAAACCAAACAAGAAACAAGUAUUGAAAUAUGGAAGGGAACCAGAGAAAUAAAAGUAAGAUGUAACCCCACAGAUGCUCGAAGGUCGAAAAGAAAAGGAAAUUAGAAAGAGACGGAACUCUCUCACAAGUGGUCAGUAAUGGUCAAUAUUGAUCAGCAAAAUUGACCAGUGCUCGCCCAGUGGUCAGCACUGGUCAGUAAUGGCGAGUAAAGAUGGAGCGCGGAACCACGGGGUUCCGUCACGUCCGCCAGCGCCGAGAAAGAGAGAGAGAGUGAGAGCCCGUGACCGGCAGGUAGCCUCAGGUAGAAGAAUUAACAGAGUGGGGAUGACCCGUCCUUGGCGAGUUCACCAAUCAAUUAACGGUUAACCGUG